CGUUCUAGUUUGAUGUUAGGUGAGGUAAUCGGAGAAGGUGCUUUUGGGGUUGUGUUAAAAGGUCAGCUGGUGAAUGAUCAAUAUCUUACUAAUUUGGACAACAAAUCAACCAAUCAAUCGAUAAACGUGGCCAUCAAAACAUUGAAAGACGGGUCUUCAGAAAAAGAUUUACUAGAUUUGGUCCAGGAACUGAAGGUCUUGAAGAUGAUUGGUCGGCACGAAAACAUCAUCAAUUUCAUUGGCUGCUGCACUGAAAGAAGUCCACUGCUGGUGGUGGUCGAGUACGCGCCGCAUGGCAACUUGAAAGAUUUCUUGAGGAAGAGGAGGAAGAAGUUUUCAAAGAAACCACUUCAACCACACGGGGGGGAUGAUGGGGAUGACCGCGAGUUGACGUAUGGGGACCUGCUAACAUUCGCUGAACAGAUUGCAGAGGGAAUGCAGUACUUGGCUUCAAAAAUGUGCAUACAUAGAGACCUAGCAGCGCGCAACAUUCUGGUCGGGCACGGCAUCACCAUGAAGAUUUGUGACUUUGGACUUUCAAGAAACAUUCACAACAAUGAUUAUUAUAAGAAAUUUUCAGAUGGCAGACUGCCCAUCAAGUGGAUGUCCCCAGAGGCCCUCUUCGACCGGAAGUACACCCCAAAAAGUGACGUGUGGUCGUAUGGGGUGCUGCUCUGGGAGAUUUUCAGCCUGGGUGGCACGCCCUACCCAGGAGUGUCUAUCGAAAAAAUUUUUUACCUCGUCAAACAGGGCUACAGAAUGGAAAGGCCUGUGCACGCUAGCAUGGAUAUGUACGGUGUGAUGUUGGAUUGCUGGAUGGAUGACCCCACGCUGAGACCUUCCUUCAAAGAUAUCAUCAACCAGAUUCGCAAGAACAAAAUUCAAAAACAAGAAAACAAUAAGACCUACCUGGGCCUAACCCCGCUGUGGAAGACGUCAGCAUCAUCAGACUCCCAGUAUAUUUCCAUGGCAACGACGACAACCAACACCUCAACUAACCAAUCACCUGUCAGCAUCAAAACGUUCGGCCAAUCGGAAGAGUCCGUAUUGCAAAAUUAAUGCAAAUUCAUGUUCAUUUAUUCAAAUUAAUUGGUUUCAAUUUACAACCCAAACAAGUGCAAUUCAUUAAAAAAACACAAACGAACGAAACAACUUGAAUAUUUUAUUAUACAUCGAGUGUACAGGCACGCACAAACACAAACAUACACACAAAUACAUGCAUUUAUAUAUUAUUUACAUUUAAACAUGAUUUCUGUUGAAUUAUUUUGCCUAUAAACGAUAUUACAAUUGUGAGCAUUAUUGAAUGGCAGAGAAUAUUCUUUUGAGCAGUUUGUAACUCGUUCGGUCCGUUGGAGAGGUUCCUCUCUCCUUCUUCGUUUCCAUUCGCCUUUGAUCUUAACAAGUACAUUUAUUUUCCCUUACUCUCUCUCUCUCUCCCUAUCUCUAAAUUAUUACGGAUGCUUUUUUGAUGUUUCUAUCAAGUAUUUCACUUAUCUAACUUCAUCGUACAUUCAAUUAUUUUUUCACCAACAGAACGAUGUGUUGCACUGAGAAUUAACGAUAAAAAUGUAAAAAAAUUGC